AUGUCUCUCUCAUCCCUGAAGAGCCCGCCGAAACAGUUGCUCAUGCAAUCAUUCAAUAAAGAUCCCGCAGACCUCAAGUUCGACGGAGAGGAGGUUGGAGAAAGACGAGAGCUAGCCUAUACGGCGGCAAACGAGGGGUCAGCUGACCGUGAGGACCGCAGAUAG